AAUUUUAGUGGAAUUAAUCAAAAUGGGACAAACAAACAGCACAAAAAAGAAAAACAAGCACAUCAGUAACAGAAAAAACAAAAGCAACACGGAACGUCCAACAAUCCCUCGUUCAGCUAAAAAAAUCAGACCAGUAGCUGAAAAUGUUUCCUUCAAAAAAGCUCAUGAGCAGGCGUGUAGGAUCAAACGUAAAUCACGUCCACCAAAGAAACCCGCAGCUGCCAAACAGUCGCGUCCGGUGGCAUUAAAUGAGGUGAAGGAUCCACAGAAGAUCAACCACAUCCUCCUAAAAUUGUUGCACCCAUCCGUCACCGGAACAGAAGCCAACAAACCCAAGCUGAGAGCAGUGAGAGGGAUCAUCACUGCACAGGAACCCCGAAAACACACUGAAACGGCAGAGGUGCCGCUGCACAGAGAUGCCAACCACAAGAUAUCUGAGAUCAAACCCAUCAGAGAUGUCAAACAGGAAACACAGGAUGUUCCGGAUGUCUCUGGUGUAAACAGAAGCUCUUCAAAAAGGCAGGUGAAUGAAUUGUUGACGAUCUCUCUGAGAGAAGAGGAGCUGAACAACUCUCUGCAGGAGGUGGAUUGGAAGUUACUUAAGGCCCAAGCUGUUCUUCACUAUGCCUUUAUAGAAGUUGAGCACCUACAAAUAAUCAAACAGCGGAUAACUGCAGAGAUGACAUCACUCAGAGCUAAACAACAGUAGAUCCUCCUCAAGAUCAACAGGCAUUCUGAUGGAAACCUGUUUACCCGCCGAGGUUAAGGAUUAAAGUCGAGACUGCCGGGACAACGAUGCUGCUCCUGUCAGAUGUGACGGGUCUGGAGUAAUUGCAACGACAAGAAAUCACUACAGACUUUAUUGAAGACUAGAGCGGAUAACAACUCUAUUAUUAUUUAAUUGUUUAUUUAUCUAUUUAUUACCACUGUAUGACUUUUAGAUCAUUCAAUUCUGUGUUUGUAUGAUUUGUGUAAAUCGUGUAUUUAUUUAAAGUAUCCUCCAGACCACCCAAGAAGGAUGGGCCCUGUUGAGUCUGGUUCCUCUCAAGGUUUCUUCCUGUAAUUUUCAGGGAGUUUUUCCUUGCCACAGUCGCCCUCGGCUUGCUCAACAGGGGUUUUUGUAUCUGUUGGUCCUGGAUUUUGUAAAGUUGCUUUGAGACAAUGUAUAUUGUAAAAAGCGCUAUAUAAAUAAAGUUGACUUGACUUGACUUGACUUG